AUGCUUCCCAAAUCCGCAGGGGACAGGGUUUUAGAGGAUGGCGCGCGGGGGAGCAGUGCGCGGAAGAAGCGGAAAGGGGAAAUUGAGGGGAAGAGCGGGAUGAACGGGGAGGGCGAGGGGAAGGGAGAGAGUGCAAGCGGGAGGGGCGGAGGGAAGGGGGCGAGCGGGGAGAGUUGCGGGUUCUGGUUCUGUGGUAACCACAUCCCAGAGACUGCAGCGCUACGAGUGCCCUGCCCGGUCGACCCCUCCCACACCAUACUGGCAUCGGAGGUCCAAUCGCACGUCGCCAAGUGUCCAGCAGCUGUGCAGAGGGGGUUGACAGAAGGAGCAGCGUACUUCAAGGGCGGCCUCAAUGCAAGAGGGCCGCCACUAGGUGGCAGCAGCAGCUCCACGGCCCAGGCAGGGGGUCAUGCUGCUGCUGACUCCAAUGCCACUCAUGCCCAUAUUGCUGCUCCCACUACUGCUGCUGCGGCGCCUGGGCCUGGCGGUCAGGGCACAGCUGCAUCCGCCUCUGCAGCGCCGCAAGUGGCCUCAGCAGCAGCAGCGAGGAGGCAGAUGGUGGCGGCAUUGGGGGAGGGCGAGUGGCAGCGCCUGCUGCGCCUACUGGGGGAGGCACAUGCAGUGGCCUUUGGGGGCCACAGCGGUGUGCUUCUCCCUCCCCUGACCAACCUGGGAGAACAUGAGCCUACAGACAUGGUUCUGGGUGGGCGGGCAACAGCAGCACCAGCGGGAGCAGCAGGAGCAGCGCCACUGUUCACUUUGCAGCAGUCAAUGCUGUGGCCGCCUGCAUGUGACGCAUGGGAACAGGCUGCUCGAGACAUGGGCGGGAGUGUACCAUUCGAGCCGCGCCAUGUGAAGCAGCAGGCGUCCAUCCUCGCCAACCUUGCCCGCGUGGGUCUUCUGCGCCCCCUGGUGCACCCGCGCACGGUGCAGCGGCCAGGAUCACAGACAGGCGCGCAGGCAGAGGGGGGUGCACUGGUGCAGGGAGGGGCGCAGGGAGGCAGCACAGCAGGGCACGUGAAAGAGGCAGAGCAGGCAGGAGCGGGACGUGCAGGGCAGCAGCGUGGGGGCGAGGAGGCCGAGGAGGCACGCCCUCUUGUCAGGGCUGCAGCCAUGCGGCACGGAGGGGAGGAGGCAGGGCGGCAGGGAGAGGAGAAGGGUCUCGAGGUCCCAGUGGAGGAGGGCGAGAGCAGGGGCGAUGGCGCAGUGGAUGAGGAGGGCGAGGGCGAGGGCGAGGGCAGGGUGUAUGUGGAGCUGGGCGCGGGCAGGGGGUACCUGACGCACAUGCUGUGCUCGUGCUUCCACGCCCGCCAUGUGGUGAUGGUUGAGCGACGUGCAUACAAGUUCAAGGUGGGGGGAGGGAUGGGGGAGAUGGGUGGGGGAGAGGGCUGGGGGAGAGGGAUGGGGGAGACGGGUGGGGGAGAGGGGUGGGGGAGAGGGAUGGGGGAGAGGGGUGGGGGAGAGGGAUGCGGGAGAGGGAUGGGGGAGAGGGGUGGGGGAGAGGGAUGGGUGAAAGGAGGGCAGACGGUGAGAAGGGGAAACGGAGGUGGGAGAGAGGUGGGAGAAGGAGGGUUGUAUGUGGUUGGUAGUCAACUCUCUCUCCACUUCUUCAUUCCUGCUCUCUCCUCCUCUCCCCCCCCCCCCUGCUCUCGCCCCAUCAAAUCUCGUUGGCCCCAACACAUUCUCCCAUUGCAGGCCGAUCGUGCUUUGAGGAAACUUUCUGGAGUCAACCUGAUGCGCGUCCGAGUUGACAUCGCGGACCUGCAGCUGGCAGCGCUGCCGGGCGUGAAGGGCCGUCCCCUGGUGGCCAUCAGCAAGCACCUCUGCGGCCCCGCCACAGACUUGGCACUGAGAUGCUGCCUGAAUGCCUCACAAACAAGCCAACCCAGUCAACCGGUUCAACAGGGUCAACCCAGUGAAGAGAGUCAACUCAAUCAAGGUCAACAGGAACCCAAUCAACAGGGUCAACAGGGUCAACCCAGUGAAGAGAGGCAACAGGGAGCGCGCCUGGCAGGGCUAGCCAUUGCUACGUGCUGUCAUCACCUGUGCGACUGGGAGUCUUACGUCAACCCGGCCUUCUUCACGCGACUGGGCUUCUCCCCUCCGGACUUUGCAGCAGUGGCGUGGAUGAGCAGCUGGGCGCUGCUGGGGGAAGGUAAGGGCGCAGGAGGGGUUGGUGAGGGCGGGGAUGGGGAGAGCAUGGGACGUGGUGAGGAGGGCCAAGCUGCAGCAACCAAACUAUCCGCCAUGGCUGCCACCACCUCCGUCGCUGCCAUGAACUUGGCUGCUCCCGUGGAGCUCGGCAACCCGGCCCAGAAGGCUUCCCGCGUGUUCAACAACACCGUGUCCUUCGCCCGCGCUGAGAAGGCUUCGCUCGCCGUCAGUGCCUCGGCUGAGGAGAAGCAGAGCAGGCGCUCGGCUCUUGCCCUCAUUGCCACAACCGUUGCCAUCUCCCUUUCCGGCAGCGCUCAGGCCGUUACUGGCGUGAAGAUCGAGGGCCCCCCUCCUCUGGCUGGUGGCCUUCCCGGCACUGAGAACUCCGACCAGGCCCGUGACUUCGAGGCCCCCCUGAGCGAGCGGUUCUUCAUCCAGAUCAAGACCCCCGAUGAGGCUCUCGCCCGCGCUAAGGAGGUUGUCGGCGUCCUCCCCGAGGUCCAGGGCUACAUCUCCAAGAAGGCCUGGCCCUAUGUCCGCAACGAGCUGCGCUCCGAGCUCGGCUACUUGAGAUACGAUCUUGCCACCGUCAUCGCCUCCAAGGCCAAGGCCGAGAAGAAGGCUCUUAACGCCGAGCUCAAGGAGCUGAUCACCACCCUGGAGUCGUUGGACUAUGCUGCCCGCGUGAAGGACCAGGAGGCCGCUCAGAAGUUCUUCGAUGCCACCAAGUCCAAGGUGUCUGCCCUUCUUGCUAAGCUGUAA